UAGUAUAGUCUUCAGUGGAGGUCCAACUCUGACCCAAUGAUACCUCUGGCAGUCGGUCUAGCCGGACAUACCAUUUCUUUGGGGGCAUAGGCUCUGCACCUGACCCAAGAUGUGGCCAAAAAAAUAAGCAGAGACACAGUGAGCUCAUACCUAGUGGCGUCUGAAAAGGGAAAGGGAGUCCUGGCGAUGUCUAGGGAGAUGGUAAUACCUAAAUUUUUUGUGUAUAUUUCCGUAUUUACUAAAAUUUAGAAGCAUUUGUAUAGAAAGUAUAUCUUCUAACCUCUCUUAGCCAAAAUAUGUAGCAAAUUUUCUAAUAAAAGAAACAAAAGUUAAGGAAAAUUAAGGGAAAAUUCCGGAAAAUACAAAUCCCAUCGUGAAGGCAAGCCCUCUUUGCCUGUCCGCUUAAAAGUAUGCCUACCUAGACCAAAAACUUUUCGGAGACUGUUUCGGAAGCCACCCCACAAGCAGUGGUCAUCCCACGGCGGCAGGCGGGAGGAUCAGGUUGCCCUUUGCCUGUGCACACAUGUCUGGGUCAGUGGGCUUCCUUUGGACCCACUCCAGCACAACACACUCCCACAACACUUAAGGCCUUAAAGCCAUUUCCCACUCGCCCACCACCACUACCACCAUCGCCUUGGAAAGCCACAGGAAAGUGUAUAAAUAGCCAAGGGACGGACUCUACUCAACCCCUUCGCCAUCAGCACUUGAGCUUGGUGCGGUCAUUGUUGUGGUGUCAACAGUUGAUUCCAUUGUUCUCCAUCCUGUCCAGGUGACGGCCCAUAAUGGAGUUGCUCUUCUCCACAAAAGGUAAUCCGAGCGGGGCUCUGGCCUUUUGUCCAAGAUGAGUAUAAAAAGGGCCAAGACUCCUUUGCCAGAGCCGCACAAGAAGUUUAGUGCUGGACAGGCACAGAUCGAGCAGGAUGCCCUGGUUGCCCUUUUCCAUAGCGCUGGCGCUGUUGAUCCUGGCAAAUAAAGGAUACGCCACGAAUCGGUACCCCAGCGAUGGCGUUUACGAGGAGAUGGUCGGUCUGAGACGCUGCGAGCCCCAGUGUCUUGAAGAUCAGGUGCAGGAUGAGCAGCAGCCGGAUCGCAGUACCUCCAAGAUGCUGAGUGCCAUUUUUGGCUUCCCACCCAGUACACCUCAUCCCAUGGAGGCGCCGGCAUCACCAAGAGCCAUGCCCCACCAGUUGCCGCCGAUGUACUACAACGACUUCUAUGAGGACCUGCUGGCUACCAAGCGGAAUGAUGUCCACUCCGCUGGCUGUGAUUGCAAAGUUACGAACGAACUGCUGGACUUGGGCAGCCAGGCCUUUCCUCGCUACCUAAUGAACGCCGUUUGCGAGUCGCACUCGGGCAAGGAUCUGGCCAAGUGCACUCACGGCUCCAAUUGCCGCCCACUGGAGUAUAAGGUUAAGGUUUUAACGCAGGAGAUGGCACCAGAGAGCGCUAGUGCAGCCAACUCCUGGCUGAACAGGGACAUGAUGGCCCAGCCUUGGCAAUUCAAAACAGUUACCGUGACCGCCGGCUGCUUCUGUGCCAAGUGAUGGAUCGUUGGAAAGGAUGUGAGUUAAUUGUGAGAUAUAUUUGUAUAUUAAAGCGCCAAACAGACGCCAGAAUUGCUUUAUUGUGGGUGUCGGGGGUGUGAGAUUCUAAGAUACAACAGUGGUUUUAAUCAAGGCAUUUUCUUGGUUGUAAAAUUAUUUCAAUUGUGGUUUGUUAAAUUUAUAUUAUUUUUAGAUUAACUGCAGCCUGUCAGACUUUUGGAUGGCCUUUUGUGCAUUUAUAGAAUAAUAUAAUAUUAUAUGUAAAUUUUGUCAUCAUUCCUUUUUUUCCAAGACACAAAUAAGGUAAAAAAGAAAAGAAAAGGUCUCUAAAAUAUGUUCUUUAAAGAUUGUUUACAACUUUUGAGAUUUUUGUGGUAGAUAUUGGCUAGAUUU